GGCGGGCCGCCGGCCGGAGCCGCAGCUGCUGGAGCCCCCCGAGCGCAAAUCCAGGAGCUGCUGCCACCUCCCUGCCGCUUUGGAUGCACCGGGCCGGAGGAGGGCCCCGGUGCCCGGAUGUCUAUCAAAAUGAGCGUAAUCCUACCCCCGACGGGCGAGUGCGGGCUCGGGAAGCUGGGUCUGCGGGGAUGAGGAGCUCAGUGACAAUUUAGAGUGGCGAAUUCGCAGGAACCAGGAAACGGGCAGGAAAGUGCCCAGCAAAUGGCAAAGGCGGUCUGGGCAGCGGGCUAGAGCGCCGGCAGCCGGGGCCAGGAGCUCAUGGAGAGAGGACCCUCGGCGGUAUAAACUUCACCAUGGCUGCCCACUCGAGCUUGUACAAUGAGGACAGAAACUUGCUCCGUAUUCGAGAAAGAGAGAGGCGGAAUCAGGAGGCUCUGCAGGAGAGAGACACGUUCCCUGAAAAUGCUCCCCUCUUUGCAGAACCUUACAAGACUAAUAAAGAGGAUGAGUUGUCAAGCCGUAUUCAGAACAUGCUGGGCAAUUACGAGGAGGUCAAGGAGCUCAUCAGCAACAAAUCCCAUCAGAAUCUCAUAGGGAUACCAACAAGUGUUGUUCCUCUGAUCCCACAAGGAAAGCCUGAUCGCCCAUUCUUCCCUGAAAAGACCAGCCAUUCUUUACCAUCUUCAUUCCAGCACACAACCCGCCAUCAGCCCAUGGGACCUCCAGCUGUAGCUCCUCCCCCUCCAAGCAACUCCAUUCACUACCAAAAGACACAAUCAAGGACACAACCAGCUUCAGGUUUGCACACCAAAACUCUCAGCUUAUCCAGUAGUCGAAGCCAAGGUCAAGAACACAGUCGUGGUGGCCAGGAAAGUCAUACAGCUUCUCGCCAUAAGAGAAAUGACAGGCGUGCUGUUGGUGAAGAUCGUACUGAUGAACUGCAGGCCUCCCUUUUGGAGCUUUCUCCACUGUUGUCAUCUUUGUCUUCUCCAGUGGCACCCCUGUCACCUCUACAUUCCAGCCAGCAUAUCAAUUCCAGAUCACAGAACAGCAACAAAAGUCAUGGGCCGGCCUACAGUCAAACAAAAUCACCUCAGGACUUAGUGGUGGGAUCACAGGAGAAUGAAAGUCGGGACAAUUCAGCUGUUAACUUGACUAGUACCACUCAGCCUUCUUCUCAAACCUUUCCCCCAUCUUUGCCAUCAAAAACCAGUGCAAUGCAGCAGAAACCUACUGCCUAUGUCAGACCAAUGGAUGGCCAAGACCAGGCACCAAUUGAAUCACCGGAGCUCAAACCUCUUGCGGAGGAAUACCACGGAGAAUCCUAUGAAAAGAUGUCAGAUUUGAAGGUGAAUGCCAGGGCCAAAUUAUCCAAACUGAAAAUCCCUUCUGAGCCCAUUGAGCAAACGUUCCCUAGUGAUGUCCAUUGCGUUGAAGAAAUUUUGAAGGAAAUGACCCACUCAUGGCCACCUCCUUUGACAGCUAUUCAUACACCUAGUACAGCAGAGCCCUCAAAAUUUCCAUUUCCAUCAAAGGACUCACAGCAUGUUGGAUCUGUAGCACAGAAUCAGAAACAGUAUGAUGCACCUUCAAAAACGCUGCCUAAUUCUCAACCGAGAACAUCAAUGCUCCAGGAUGACCUUCAGCUCAGUGAUAGUGAAGACAGUGGUGAUGACCAAGUUGUUGAAAAGCCACCUUCUUCAUUUGCUCCUCCAAGUGCCCCGCAGUCACAGCCUGAGAGUGUGGCAUCAGCACAUUCCAGCAGCCCGGCAUCAGGGAGCACCAGUGACUCAGACAGCUCGUCAGACUCAGAGACGGAGAGCAGCUCAAGUGACAGCGAAGCAAACGACCCUCCGAGACCGCCAGCACCUGAGCCUGAUCCACCAACAUCUAAUAAGUGGCAACUUGACAACUGGCUAACUAAGGUGAACCCACCAGCAGUGCCAACUGAGAGUCUCAGAGAAGUUGUCCAUGCUGAUGGACGAGAGGAGAACAAGGAACAGGGAAAGAGUGUCAGCAGCAAUUCCUCUCAUGAGCGGCCUGAACCAAAGGACUCUCAUCCCAAGAACUCUAGCCGAGCAGCCAGGGCUUCUCAGGAUGUUCAUCUUCCAAGUAAACGAAACUGCCAGAAGUCUCCUGUGCGUACUGAGGAGCCCUCACAGAGGCAGACUGUUGGGAUCAAAAGGCCCAGCAAGGUCCCUGUGCACGAGGGGCCCAAGGGAGGCCUGAAGGUGGAAAGUGAACCUGGUCCGUAUGAAGUUAAAGACCAGUCUUCCAGAGACAAGCCAAAAGUAAAAACGAAAGGGAGGCCAAAAUCCAGUGAUAAAAAAGAAUUGAAACCAACAUCACAAGAGCCCUCUGAGAACAGAAAGCACAAGAGCUCACAACAAGCCAACUCCAAGCUCCCUUUGGACCCUAAGCCUGUGAGAGACAUUUUGGCUGGCAGCGCCCAAGAGCAUCUCACUCUCAGUCCCCUCACCCAAAGCCAAGGCACAACCCCCACCAGGACUAGCGGCAAUAAGUCUGCUGUUGUGGUCAGAGAGGAUUUUCACAAAGACAAGUUUCCCUUGCCUAUCAGGGAAAAGAAGUUGUUAUCACCAUUGAGGGACUUCCCAGUCCCUCACACCCUCGUGGUUAAAAUUGAGCUCUCUCUCUUGUCAAGGAUUCCUCAGCCCCCUGGGAAAGGCAGUCGCCAGAAAAAAGCAGAGGCUAAAGAGCUCCUGGGUGCAAGGAAGCAGGACUUGGAGAGGAAAAGCACAGACACUCCUGACAAGUCCUUCAAAAAGAGGAAGAGGGAGAUGGAGAAGGAGAUUGAUCGGAAGAAAAUGAAAUCAGACAAAGAAACCAAAUCAUUGCAGUCUUCAACUCACAAAGACUCCAAUAAAUUGAAAGUAUCAAAAGCUUCGUUUGAGAUACAGAAGAAAGAUCUGCUACCCCCACCAUUGCCACCCAUGUCUCCUGCACAUCCUGCUCCGAAGCCAACCAAGACGGCCCAGAAGAGACACAGAAGUGAGAGCAGCCAGCUGCCUGCCACAGAUAACACUGCCAAGAACAAGAGCAGCCACAAGGAUCCUUUGUCCUCCAAGCACAAAAAAGUGGACAAAAAGCAUCCCGAACAGCCUAGGAGCAGCAAAGGAUCUGCAGGGGAUGUCUCAAAUCCUUUCCCAGUGCCUUCUUUGCCAAAUGGUACCUCCAAGCCAAGGAGACCUCAAGUCAAGUUUGAAAAACAGCAUCCGAUGGAAUAUUACAUAGAAGAGGCCAAGAGGCUGAAGCACAAAGCUGAUGCUAUGACCGACAAGACUGGAAAGGCCUUUCAGUACUUGGAUGCUGCUCUUUCCUUCAUUGAGUAUGGGAUUGCCAUGGAAUCGGAUGCACCAGCACCAAAAUCAGCUUACAGCAUAUUUGCUGACACCAUAGAUCUCAUCAAAUUCAUAAUGACGUUAAAAUCCUUUACGGACUCCUCAGCAUCUUCACAUGAGAAAAUUUUUGCCGUGUUAUGCAUGCGCUGCCAAUCCAUUUUGCACAUGGCAAUGUUUCGUUACAAAAAAGACACUGCAAUAAAGUAUUCCAGGAUCCUCAAUGACCACUUCAAGAGUUCUUCCAGAGUAACCCAAGCACCUUCUCCAUGUGUUGCAAGAAGCACAGGCACGCCUUCUCCACUUUCUCCAAUGCCCUCUCCUGCCAGUUCUGUGAGUUCUCAGCCAGGAUCAAAUGCUAGCAACUGUGGUGGCAACAGCAUUGGCUCUUCAGUCAGCGUCCCCUAUAAUAUCCCAAACAUCACCUCUUCCUAUGUCAACAUCACUUCCUAUAUCCUCUAUGCGUAUGAUAUUUGGGAACAGGCUGAUGCCUUGGCCAGGAAGAAUAAGGAAUUUUUUGCUGAACUCGGCACGGCGGUGUGCGCUCUGGCACUGAACAGUAGCAUGACUGAACUGGUACACUACACUAGACAGGGUUUACAGUGGCUGAGACUGGAAACAAAUACGCCUUAACUGGUGCUCAAGGUGGUGAAAUACCUUGAACUCUUUUGCACUUUGGAAGCCGCAGAAACAGUCUGGCUUGUUGAAUCAUUGGAUACAAAGCACCUGCAAGGGAAAAUAAAUCAAGAAGGAAGGGAUCUGGUUACACUGGAAAAUUUUUGAACUGAGUUUUUAGGGUAGCACUUUGCUGCCUUGAAAAAGAAGAGAUGGAGGAAGGCCUCAGAGUUGAUGAUGCCUUCCUUUAAAACGACAAAGUGCAAUGAACUGUGUGAGUGGCUCGAUGUAUUGAUGGUCUAUAAACAUUUCUAUUACAAAUAACCAGCAGGACAAUAAUCACACGUGAAGAAGUGCCGACAAGAAGGAAAUCUGCCUCCAGAAGUUAUUAUGCAACAUCCCACAGUCUGCAACGGUUGUGCGCCCAGAAGAAAUUUCAGAGAAGUGUUUUUGCAAACGCAGAUGCAAUCCGUAAUGCUGGUUCUUUGUUUCUCAGAUGACACAGCAGGGGAGGACAAAUCCGCAUCAGCACCGAACAGCAUUAUGUUAAAAUAAAAACGGCAGAGUGGUCUGCCUUGCCUGCUUUCCAACCUCACCUUCCUGCAUUUAUCAGCCAGCCGCUCUCCUGAGAAGCGAGUGACACCACUGCCUUCAGUGCUGCAAGUUCACUUCUUAAGUCGUCGUUGCUUUGAUUUUCUUCCUUGCCGUGCACUCAUGCACGCACGCGCCCUUAACACUCGAACAAUUUCACUUAUGGUCUUGCUUAGUUUAAGCCUUGUAAGCCAAACGCAGUUGUGGUGGAGGAAUCACCAGGUGAGGUGAGGGGAAGCUCCGUGUCUCUUCUGUGGUGGAGGAACAUCACUCCCGCUGAGGGCCGACUCCUCAUCUGAUUGCUGUUUGCGGUUUUGAUGGGGCGGGAGGGGGGAGGAGGACAGCCAUAUGGGGUCACUGUGACAGCCUGGACGUGAUUCUGAGUCUUAGAGCUUAAAUUGGGAGGAAUUGCUUCUGCUUAAGGUGGGACUGAGUUGCUGAAUGUGGAACGUAAGACAAACUUUGCCUUUGGAUGUUUGCCCACAGCCAUCGCUGGUCUUGGUGAAUAUCUGAGAGCAGGAUUUGGUACUGAAGCAGUGCAUCCUUCAUGUGGGAGGCAACUCACGUGCUCUUUCUCAACAGAGCGACGAGUUAGGCCCAGCAACUUAGGAAUCUGUCUUCAAGGGAGCACGAAAGGGAAUCGUUAGCUGUUUGCAAGCAUUUCUUCCUUGUCAGGAGCUGCGUUUUUGAAAUGGUGGUUUUGCAGAUGGCAAUAACGGUGAAGAACGUAUCCACAGCAUUCUUGUGUUCAGGAGGAUGGCACCCUUCUUUACCCAAAGAUUUCCUGUUGCAUUACAACAGCGUUCUGCCACCCUCAUAUCUAAUAGUGUGCCUUAGCUCUCUGGUCCCCUCUUGCAUCCCUCACCCCAUUUCUGACAGACCAGUGGGAGCGGUGAAGAGAAGGAUGGAGUCACAAAGUAAUUGUGCUUACAGGAAAGAAAAUACUCCCAAUGAAUUAGCUCCCUUUUUCACUUUAUUUCAGGAUGGAGGAACACACAUGCUGCAGUACAGCAGUGUACCCCCUUUGUAAAAUAUUUGGUCACAGUUUUAAGGCUUAUGAAAAUUGAUAGCAAAUAUCACCAAAAGUUCUGAAUUUCUAAAAGUUGUUUCCUCUGGGAAGGCUUCUCUGGCAGGAACGGAAACGCGCUGUGCGGGAGAGCCUCGCUGGCGCUCGGGAGCCCCAACGCUUCCCGCGGGGUUGGCACCGGGAGCUCUCCUCUUACCUCCUCUGGUGGCAGAGGGCCUUCAGGAUCCCAGGGGUCUUCUCAGAUCUCAAAAGAUCUGUCCUUUUCUGUUCACUUUAUUAAAAGCCUUAGUGCAUUUCAGGGAUAAGCUAUCCUAACCGGUGGAAGGAAAGUCCAUAUUUCGCCCCCCCCAGUUCUACAUACGAAACUUCACACAAGCGCCUCCUCUCGGGAGGAGCAACUGCUUUGAGUAAAUGCAUGGCCAGAGGUUCUGUAUUAACUGUUUUAUUCUCAGGAAGCGUGGGAACAGCAAACAAAAUGAAAGUUUCGAUGUGCACUUUGGAGCCGCUGUUCUGACUGUCACGAGCUGGAUUACAGAGCAGCGGAUUGGUAUCUUCUUCUGACUUAAAUAAGGCUAGUUUUAGGGUCGUCAGCUAAGGUGAAGGAAGGUAGAAAGCUUUAUUGAACUUGAAAAUCAGUAUGGGAGUCUGCAAGAAACGCAGCAGAGCACUAGGGGUAAAGGUAAGGUGAAAUAGGGACCCUUGUCUCCAGGUACUUCCAUUUUGCAUCUGCCCAUUUUGCAUCCGGUUCCUGGCCGCCGAGCCGCCGCUGUCCCGCCGGACCCGCCUCGGCGAGGUGCUCUCGCCCCGGGAGGCUCGCGGCACCCACGGCUCUCCGGCCGCGGGCCACCGAGGACCUCUCCUCCCGCGGCUCUUGCACGCUCUGGUACCUGGGCAGCGCGAAUCUGCUGCUCUGCUCCUGGGAAAGCUUACGCGGGGCAGCUGGGCGAGCGAAGGCUGCAAGGAGAGACUGGGCCGGCGCAGGCGCGCUGCCCGCCCUGGCUGCUGGGCGGCUCGGCGGCAGGGCAGGCGCAGCGCGGCGCCGGCGGCCUCGCAGCGAGGCCCGCGGCAGCGUCAGCAGGCCCCCCUUGGCGGCGAGCACAAACUAGAUGCCAGGCGGUCAGCGCGGGGAGCGAAGCGGGGUGCGUUUCGGGGGUCUCAUCUCGGAGGUGAGGAGCGGGCUCUGGAAGCAUCUGUGAUAAGCUACAAACCAUGAAGCUAUGUUCUGUUUUAGUCUGUAGAAGAGACUGUGUAAAUAGUUAAUUUUGAUAAAAGCCAUCAUGUUUCAACCUUGAGCCAGGUCAGAGGCCCACAGAGGGUGCGGAAAGAUGCCCAUAGUUUUCAGUGGGGCCUGGUCUGGCCCCCCAAAAAGAGCAGGGGAAAUACCAUUUGCCAUUAGGAAACAAACCCAGAAAUCAAAGGCAAAGCAAAGGUGAUGGUUGAGUCCCAGAAGGAGAGAAGGAGGCUAUGGUAGCAAAGCAGCAUCAUUUCCAUGCAAUAUUUAUUUAGAAGAAAUAAUACGUGUGUUUAAAUUGUCAAAUGUUCUAUUUUUAAGAUGCCAUUUAUUUAAUAGUUGAAAAGCCCCACUUAGGUGGAGAUGUAGAUCUCUUCUGUAAUUGAAAGUCAAAGUCUGGCUGCAAUGUCCUUGUUUUUGUUUUUGUCCUCUCUUCUCCCCCUUGGUUCCCGUUAUAAAUCUGUACUUCUUAAAUUUAUUUUGGGGGGUGUAUCUCCCUCUUGUAAAUAACCUUUUCUGCCCUGUGUGUGAUGGAAUUUCCAAAAUGAUUGAUUCAUGCAUAUGGGGUAAUAAACAAUAAAUGAAGUAGCUUAUUCAUUAA